UUUUCUAGUUGAGGAUAUUUACUUUAAUAAUUCUACUUUACUUUUUGUAUUAUUUUGACAAUGUUUUGAUCUAAAAUUUGUGUGAAAACUGAAAAAAUAUGUUUCUUAAUUUAUAUUGCAGUUUUGUCUUCUGACUGACAUCUUUCUCUCUGCUACAUUCCCUUGUAUAUUUUCAAUGUUUUGAAAAUAGGCAGCGCCGUCCAGAAUCCUCUUCUUCCCGUUCGUGACCAUGGGGUUCACCAAGUUUAUCCAAGUGGGCCGUGUGGUCUACAUGGCAUCAGGCCCGCUUCAGGGCAAGAUAUGUGCUGUUGUUAACAUCAUCGACCAGAACAGGGUUCUGGUGGACGGACCCUGCACGGCUGUGCGCCGCCAGGUGGUCAACCUGAAGAACGUGCACAUCACCAACCUGCGGAUCCGCAUCCCGCACACGGCCAGCACGGCCAUGGUGCGCGAGCAGUGGGUGUCGCGUAACAUCUCCUCCACCUGGGAGGCCACCCGCUGGUGCCGCAACCUGCGCGCCAAACAGCGCACCGAGAGCCUCACAGACUUCGAGCGCUUCAAGCUGUGGAAGCUGCGCAAGGCGCGCACGGCCAUCAUCCGCGGAGCCGUCUCCAAGCUGAAGAUUCAGGCCAAGAAGAACAAGCUUGAGAAGACGAAAACCAAGAAGGGUGGCAAGAAGGUCGCCAAAAAGCCCGCCGCUAAGUAAAUCAAUACAAUGGUGAACAGUCA